AUGUCGUCUAAGUCAAAGCAACCUCAGCCAGCGCAUAGCUCGCAUGGCUAUGAGUUUGGCGGUCCAUUCGGUACCGCCGCUAUUACGUUCGGUCUUCCUAUUCUCUGCUAUAUCAUCACCUUUGGUUGUAACGAUAUUUCCGGUUGUCCCGCGCCAUCGCUAUUAAGUCCAAAAACAUUGUCUAUCGAGCAAUUGAAGGCCGAGGUGGGAUGGCCUGAGGACGGUAUAUUAGGUCUAGGUAGCUGGAAAGCCACCGGUUGGACUCUGGCAUACUACUUCUUCAGCGCUCUUCUAUACCGUAUUCUCCCUGCUACCGAAGUUGAGGGUUCAGAAUUAUCGUCCGGAGGAAGGCUGAAGUAUAGGUUCAACGCUUUCUCCUCGCACAUGUUUACCCUCUCUCUCUGCCUUGCCGGAACUGUUGCACAAGGCGCCGAGUUUCCCGUGUGGACUUUCAUUGCCGACAACUACGUACAGAUUCUGACCGCCAACAUCAUCAUUGCUUACUCACUUGCAACGUUUGUCUACGUCCGUAGCUUUUCUGUGAAGCCGGGUAACCCUCAGUUUCGACAACUUGCUGAGGGUGGCUGCUCUGGUAACUUGAUCUACGAUUUCUAUAUUGGACGGGAGCUCAACCCUCGCGUUACCCUUCCAAUCAUUGGCGAGAUUGACAUCAAGGAGUGGAUGGAGCUACGCCCCGGUAUGCUUGGCUGGAUCCUUUUAAACUGUGCUUUCAUCUCCAAGCAGUACCGUACCUUCGGCUACGUGACCGACAGCAUUGUCUUCAUCGCCAUCGUACAGACCGUCUACUGUUUAGAUGCAGUGUACAUGGAACCCGCUAUUCUUACGACCAUCGAUAUUAUCAACGACGGUUUCGGCUUCAUGCUGUCCUUCGGAGACCUCGUCUGGGUCCCCUUCAUUUAUAGCCAGCAAACACGAUACCUAUCUACACACCCAGUAACCCUCGGUUGGCUAGGUACUACAGGGGUUUCCAUUCUCCUAAUUGCGGGCUUUGGUAUCUUCCGCUUAAGCAACCUCCAAAAGAAUAUCUUCCGUACCAACCCUAACGACCCUCGUGUUUCCCAUAUCAAGUACAUCGAGACCAAGACGGGUUCGCGACUGAUGAUAUCAGGCUGGUGGGGUGUCGCAAGACACAUCAAUUAUUUCGGCGAUUGGCUGCAAUCGUGGCCUUAUGCUUUACCCACUGGUUUUGCCGGAUAUGUCGUCAUGUCAGCUGGCAGCAAUCUUGAAGGUGCUAUCAAGACACUUGACGGGAGGGAAAUAGUGCAAGGCCCAGCCAAGUAUUGGGGUAUGCUUUUCACUUACUUCUACGUUGUUUACUUUGCCGUCCUUCUGAUUCAUCGCGACGGACGAGAUGACGAGAAGUGUGUUAAGAAGUACGGAGAGGAUUGGGAGAAGUAUAAGAGCAUUGUGAAGUACAAGAUUGUACCAGGUAUCUACUAG